GUCGGUAUUAUUUUAAAUUAAAAAUAAAAUUAAAAAAUAAUAUACAUACCGACCUCAUGAGGUCGGUAUAAUUAGUCAAAUAAAAUAAAAUACGUACAGACCCUUCAUCGAUCUUUCCCCUUUCUCUCUCUUUUCCUCUCACCUUCUCUCUCCCCCCCCCCCCCCCCCCUCUCUAACCCUAAUAACGAUGCUGCCAGUCACGGUCGUCACCUGCCAGUGUGGUCACCGCCGUCUGCCAUUGCUGUCGCCGUCCACGGCCUUUUCCUUUUCUCUCUCUUUUGAUCUCACGUUUUCUCUCCCCCUCUCUCUAACCCUGAUAACGCCGCCUGCUAGUCACCGUCGCCACUUGCAAGUCACCGUUGCCACCGUAUGCCGUUGCCAUCGCCGGACUAUCUGACAAUUUGAGGUAUGCUUUCUUUGUUUUCUUCUUCAAAAUUGCAGGUCAGAUUUUGAACGACUAUUCUUCUUCCUUGUUUCUUGGUUCUUUUGGUUACCCAGAUCCUUAUUCUUGUCUUGUUGGAAUAAAAUUGAGUUGUUGCGAGAUACCAUAUAAAUUAUUUGUAAUCGACUACAAGGGUUGUUAUUAUAGUUGAAAGUGAUUAAAAUAUUACAUUGUCUUUUAGGUAUAUUUGGUUAAUCUUAUUUCGCGAUUCUCUGCUUUUCUUGGGGUAUCUAUAUUUUUGUUCUUUAUUUUUACAUUUCUAUAUGCAGAAGAGCUAGUAGGGAGAUGAAGUAGAUUUUGUUGAGAAUCAACCAUUAUAGUAUGAUAUGAUUAGAUAUCAAGUGGGUUGCUACUUUUGUUGUUCUGUUAUUUUUUACUUAGGUCUUUUGGCUUUAUGAGAUUAUGUAGUUAAGUAUAUUUUUUUGCGUCUUUAGCAACUUUUUUCCUAAUUUAAUUGGUGAUUAUCAGGUUGGGUUUGCUCAAGUUUGUUGUUGAUUUGCUAUAGCUAGUUUCCUGAAAUUUAUGAUUGGUUGGUUAAAUGCUUAAAUUGUUUGUGAUUUGACUGUAAUUCAACAGAAAGGAUAACUUGUUUGCUGGAAAAGAAAUAUUACUUGGGGUACUAAAUAUUGCCAAUUUCUAACCAUCCUAUCAUUUUCUCUGAAGUAUAUACUUUACGUAUGCAUUAUGGAGGAAGUAGAGUAGGUAAAGAGUCUGGACACACCUCAGUGCAUAUCUUAGCUACUUUUAGAAUGACUAUAUAAUUAGAUAUGAGCUCACCUAAUAUCCUCAUUGAAGCAGGAGAAGGAUCCAAGGCAACAACACAUGGAGCUGAUAUAGGACUAUCCUUAUUUAACUCCAACAAAAUCUAAUAUUGUUCUAUAAGUUUACUUCUUUUGAUCUGCCUCUUAGUCGUAUUCUUCUUAACCAUUGGACAUUUUGGGUUUCAAAUGUUCUUAUUCAUUAGUGUCCAUAACCUCCCUUUCAAUCCAACAGUAGAGCUUCAAAAAGGAUUUGGAGAAGAUCAAAUUGGCAUACUUUAAAUUACACAAUGCUAUCCAAAUUCCAAAGCCACCAUAUAGCUAUAAUCCCAAAAUACAGUGCCUAAUGUAUAUACUAGUUAAUACUGAAUACCCAACAGAAAACCAUAACUAGAAUAAGGUUAAUUUCAGUGAUCCAUAUUUCAUUCAUUCAAUCACUAAAUUCAUUUACACGUACUCAAAAUUAAUUACUUGAUAGAAAGCUUACAGAUCUGUAAAAUAUAUUACAGAAUGGCUAAUGGAACUUUCUGAAAGAGAAGAAGUGGUUAGCUCUUUUUUUUUUUUUUUUUUUUUUUUUUUUGUAUAAUUGCGCCAACACAUUACUUGCACUACUAGUUUUGAUCUUUUCCUUGCUUGAAGUUUUUUUUACUUGGGUUCUAGUUUAGAAUAUGGUAUACUGGACAGAUUUGAGUAUGAGGUUGUCUUGAUAAAAAUUUUCUGGCUUUUUAGUUAGUUGUGCUGAUAUGAAGAAACUAAUCGCGUUGCACACAUGAAAAAAAAAAUACAUGGCCGAUUUCUCACAGCCAAGAUUUUCAUGCAUGUUUAUUUCAAGCUGAUAAUGGUUGUGCUAAAUAUGCUGCUCAAAUUUUCAUAGUUAGGAAGUGUUACUGCUUAUACUCCAUGAAACUUUCGUUUUCUAAAAUGCCUUCUCCAAAUGCUAUAUCUUUGAGACUCUGGUCGAUUUCCAUGUAUCUAUUCUUCUCCUGCCUCUUUUCCCUUGCGUCUACCAGUUUGUGGAACUGUGGGGUUCAAGUUUCAUAUGAGUAUUUCAAGAUCUCUCAUUUUUCGACGAACCAUUGACCAAAAAUUUUCCAUGUGACAUUUAAGUAUGCCUAAUGGAAAAUCGCUGCAAAUGAUUCUAUAAGGAUUUGCAAGGUUCUAUCUAGGUGCAUGGAGUUUGAGGUCAAGUCCAGAUGCUUGAAAGCUUCAACUUUAUAUUGAUCCAAGCUUUCAAUAACUUAAUUGUAAAAUGGAAGUAUGAACACGACAUUUAGUGUUGGAACCAGCUAUCCACCUAGUAAAAGGGUUCCCAAAUGACAUUUAUCAUAUGUAAAUUUCGUAGUUAUGAUUUCUGCUAAAAGUUACUCUGCAUAAAAUUUAUCCGAUAAUGGUAAACCUUUAGUUUAAUUAACAAACUCUGUAUUCAAAGAUUCUAGUUCUGAAACCGUGCAUUUCAGAUCCAUGAAUUGAAAACACAAAUCAUUAUAUGUGUAAAAGAGUUCAGCAUGGAGUUGAUUAUGUCAAUCCCACAUUUGUUAAGCAACCAAGCAUCUUUCAUUAUCUGUGAAGACUAUCUAGUGAAAAAAUAAUGACUGCCAAUUGACUCGAAAUGCAUUUUAUAUCAUAUUAGUUAAUAUAAUGAUGAAUUUUUAACCCAAACUUGAUAUUGUUGUGUGUCACUCUCCCAGUCUAGAGAUCCAAUGCACAGAAAAAUAUUGUACAUGAAAGCCUCAUCAACUUUAGCAUUGAAUGUUUCUGCUUUUGACAGGUAAAAUAGUACUAAUGCAACAACAGAAAAAGCACACCGAGAAGGGCAAACGCAUUAUACACGUGUUUUGAUAAACUGAGAAAAGAUAUAAGUUAAUUGAAUUAAACAAAAUCAACCCAUUGAUAGUAAUAGUAGCUGUAAGUCCUCGAAAGCAAACUAUCCCCCCAUAGUAAAUUUGUGCCUGAUUUGACUGUUGUUCACCUGUUAGAAUAAUUUAUGCCACGCUCUUGGGGCCUUUACUCUAUAUUUGUUUUCUCCUUGCCUUUUUUCCCCUGGUAAUUCCUGCCAGUGCUUAUUAGCUUAUGUUUUCUCACUUCAACAUUUGCAAUUUCUGCUAUUUGGAGCAGGAUCCAUUAAAAGAAACUCCAGAUAAUGACAGCCAAUCACCAGAAGUAACCUCAAAAGCUGCAACUAUUGGGCAUGAAGCCAAGGAAAGUCCAAAGAAGCUGAUAGAGAAGUUAUCAGCUACUCUAGUUAAUGUUAGUGCAAAAGAAGACUUAGUUAAGCAGCAUGCUAAAGUGGCAGAAGAAGUCGUUGCAGGUUGGGAAAAGUCAGAAAAUGAGGUUGCAGUUCUAAAGCAGCAACUUGAGGCAGCUGAGCAGCAGAACUUGACUUUGGAUGUUCGCGUCAACCAUCUUGAUGUUUGUGAGGGGUGAAGUAGUCUAAUGUUGUAGAAUAACUUAAUGUAGACUAGUUUAAUUUUUUGUGGAUGUUUACAAAUGUUAAAGUAGUUUAAUGUUGUUUUGAUGUUUGCGAAAGUUGAAGUAGCUUAAGUCUCUUGUGAAUGUUUGAUUGAUGUUUUUAUUCAACUUUGAAGUAGUUUCAAAUUGAAUUUGAUGUAUUGGUGGUUGUAGUAUAUGUGUUGUAAUAGUAGUUUAAUGUUUUAUGUA